GGCUUUACAAUACUCAUGCGCACUUGUCGACUAAACUACCAUAGUGAUUUUCCAUAACCUUUUCGGUCUCGCGUUCCCCAACGUUUGCCAUACGACAACGUUUCGAAUUCCGACCGUCUUAAAACGAACUACCGAAAACGUUCUGCUUCGACGUACGGACAUAGGUACAACUGUCCACCGGUCAGUCGUUUGUCACAUCCGUCCUUUUCUCGUGUAUGUGUGUGUGAGUGUGUGUGCGCGUACUGUACUACCAACACUGUGUGCCCCGCGACGUUUUGCAGCGUUCGUGAGAGCGUGUGUGUGUUUCUUGCGUUUGUGUGCGUGUUCCUUUGAGGUGCGCGCCCGCGCGUGUGUGUCAACUCAUAUCGGCAAUCGGCUAUCGCUUAACAGCGGCAUAGCAAGUAGCAACUCGGGCAAUAUCAGCACCAGCCACCGUCGACUACGCCUCCUCCAGUUCAUUCUUGCCGCCUGCGAACAGACUUGACGACAGCUCUUUCACCGUCUUGAUACCACUUGUCCCGAGCAACAAAUCAUGUCGUCCAAGAUCGAACAGAUACUAUUCAUCGAGCCGCCGCACGAGCUCAAAUUCAAAGGUCCAUUUACUGAACCAGUUCAAACAAUAAUGUCUCUGAAAAAUCCAAGUGAUAAAAAAGUGGCUUUCAAAAUAAAAACUACUGCACCUAAGCGUUAUUGUGUCAGACCAAAUUGCGGUGAACUUGCUCCUAAAGAAAAAGCAGAAAUUUCAGUAAUAUUGCAACCAUUCGACUAUGAUGCCAAUGAAAGAAAUAAACACAAGUUUUUGGUACAGACUGUUGUUAUCGAUCCUGUUGCUGACUACGGUGAAGAUGGCAAAACUUUUCAGUGGAGAGAUGUUGAAGAAGGUAGAAUAAUGGAUUCUAAAUUAAAGUGCUCCUUUGAAAUGCCUACAGUCGAACAGUUAUUAGAAUCUAAAAACAUUCAUGAUGAUACAACAGCUGUAUUAGAAACAAAUACUGAAACAGAACUACAAAAAGCAGCCAGUGAAGUAAAAGAAUUACGUGAGGAAGAGACAAUCUUAAGACAAGAAAAUAUGAAAUUGAAAGAAGAAUUAUUGCAGCUUCAAUAUGAAAUGAAAAACCAGCAAUCUCAAAAGCGUUCUGUUGGUGGUAGUCAGCAUUUGGAUAUGCAAAACAGAAAUGCCAAUAUCGCUCUGAUGGUUGGCUUGGCGAUAGUAGUUGCAUUGUUGGGUAUUAUCGCUGGAAAAUAUGUAUUUUAGUAAGAUAUUUUAAUUUUACGUUUGAAAAAGAAAACAUUUAAAUUUGAAAAUAAAUAUAUAAUAUUAAUUUAUAAAACGAAAAGCAAAACAUUGUAUUUUUAAUUUUUAAUGCAAAUUCUUUGUGCAUAGUCCUAUCUGUUAAGGUCUAUAAAAAAAUAAUAUAUAUAUAUAUAUAUAUAAUUAAGUUGCCAUCAAUGAUUAUAAUCCAAUAUCCUAUAAAUAUUCAUGCGCAUAUUAAUUUGGAAAAAUAUAUAAAUAAAAACCUUUCUUUAUGCACAGAUCAAUUAGCUUAUAAGCCCGUUAUGGUGCAGGUAAUUAGUUAAAGAUUAUUUGGUUAUUGUUUUUUCUCCUGUGAAAGUUAUUUUUUUUUUAGUUUGUUUGAAUUUUUUAAACUGGUAAAUAUCUUUGACGGCUAAAUAUAUUGGAUUACUGUUAUUCUCUCUUUCUAUCUUUUUCUAAUAGACUAAUAUUGUAUACAAACAAAAUGUAUUAUCUUUAUUCUAAAAAAUGUGUUUUAUCUGUCAGUUUCAACUGUUUGUAUUUAAUUUUUAAUAAUAAAUUAUUGUAAUCUUGUAUGUAUUAACAUCAAGUUCUUA